GACAGGCGCCUCUUGAUGGCCAACAGCACGGAGCACGGGGAGAAGCUGGUGGUGCUCCCCGACGUCGACGCCAUGCUCAGGGCCUGCCGCGAGGCGGGCCUCGGACAGAACAGGGACCACCAACGCCGUAAGUGCGCUGGCGAGGCCGUGUUCGUGAAGGCGAUCGACACGAGCGACGACACCGUGCAGUGCCACGUUCCGUCCUUGGCCGAGGACAUCUGGUUCGCCGCGCGGGCGCUGGCCGAGCCAGAGGCGUUGCAAUUUUCCAAGGAGAUGCUGGUCCUCUGCAAGGCGAUCCACCCUCUCUACAAGCUUUUGUUGUACAGCGCGACCAGCCCCUGGAUCUUCCAGGUCGUGGCGCUGCUCGACGCCGUUUUCGGCUCGCUCAUGCUCUCGGCGGCCUUCUACGGGGGCCGCGCGAGCCCAGCAGUUCCCGCUUGUGCGGGCCCGGACGACCUACUGGCGAAUCUCACCAGGGACCUGCUCGUGUCCCUGGGCUGCAUGGUCGUUGCGCUCGCGCCGCUCGCGGUGCUGUGCCGGCGGGACCGCACGCUGCGGCGGGGCAGCCCGGAUCACGAGCGGAGGGCGCAACUCCGGCGGUGGCUCCUGAAGGACGUCGCCUGCAUUGCGGGCGGGUUGCUCUGGUUCGCCUUCUGCCUCUUGUACAUCGUGCUUUUCCUGGCGAACGUGAGCCAAGCGGAUGCGGACCACUGGCUGAUCUGUUUGACUUUCCGCUUUGUAAUCAUGUGGGUUCUGAUUCCAUUUGCCGCCGCCCUUCUGUGGAUGGUCAUAAUGAGAGUCUUCGUCGAACUCAGUGGUGGAAGCUUCGUCCAAACAAACAUCAGCGGGCUCUUGAGAGCAGUCUAUCGUGGCGGCUAUGAUAUUCCAAGCGUGCCACUCCUGCUUGAGUGUGACGCUGGCGAGGGUAUCACGCGAUUCAGGUUAGAAGGCGGGGAGCUUUGUAUGUCCACCGACGGCAUGAACUGGACACACAUCGAAUCGCUGGAGUGGUUGGCUGACCCAGGGGCAGAGACAUUGUCGGCCGGGCCCUCGCUGCACGGGCAGGUCAUCGACCAGGCCGGCAGGAAAGCGACCGUCGAAUCAUGCAUAUUGCCUGAGCUCACUCGGAUUUGCGAGAAGGCCAGGGUUGGCCAUACUUUGCCGAAAAGUUUGGAGGAAAGCCAGGAGCGCUUCGCAGUGGCGACGGAGAGCCGCCACCAGGAAGCAGCGGCGCCUGGCGGGGAGGUGCAGCGCGACCAGACUCAAGUGACGUCGGAGGUUGCCGACGAGCUUGCCGUGACGCUGGAGGUCGCCGACAAGCUUGCCGUGGAUUCCUCCGCGGCGGCUGCCGCGGGCCUCGCAGCGAGGCUGGCAGAUCAGCCUGCGCAGGUACCCCUCCGCGCUGAUGCGGAGCCGAUCAAGCCGACGGUGCUGGAGGCCGUGGGGCAGGCCUCGGCGACGGCAGAGGUGCAGCAGGUGCGUCGGGCGGAGCAGCAGGCGCAAGAGGUGCAGUCGCCUGACCGCGCAGCAGGUCCAGGUUUAGCACUUCCGGCAGCAGCCAUGUCCGGCGUUUCACUGGACGCGGUGUUCCUGACCGUUGAGCAGGCGGAGGGCCUUGAGGAGCCUGUCCCUGAGCGGGGGUCAAGCCAGCAGGAGAAGAGGGUGAAGAGGGUUCCCGUCCCGGCCUCAGCGCCCACCCAGGUGGGGAAGCUCGCUGGGGCCAGCGUUGAGGCCAGUGCCCGAAGGAGGGCAUCGACAUCAUCUUUCGCCUCUUCACUGGACGCGCGCGGAGGCCAGCGCCCGAAGGGCAUCGACAUCAUCUUUCGCCUCUUCACUGGACGCGGUGUUCUUGACAGUCGACCCGGCGGAUGGCACUGA